UCGCCAACUCCCCCUUGACCCUUGGCUUUCUGCUGGCCAGCGCAUCGCUCUUCUCUGCUGUUCUUCACCCCGCCAUGGUCAAGCUCUCAGUUUCAUUGCUGGCAGCCAGCCUCUGCGCCCUGGUCCAGGCAGGCGCUCCUCUGGAGCCCCAGGACGGCCGACUCUUCCUCAGCGCCUGGCUCGAUACCUCCAAUGGUCCCUACGGCUCGGACUCGCCCGUGUCCUUCAACUCCCGCCUUGGUGUCAACGCCGGUGCCUUCCACGAUGCCCAGAACAUGCCCGUCACCGUUGAUCCGUUCGGCACCCGCCAGACCGGCAACCUGACCUCGAUCGAGCUCACCAAGACCGAUGCCAUCUUCUACCUCACCGUCUACCCGAACUUCAGCACCAUGACCAACGCCGAUAUCCUCGACCUGGCCUACCAGGCCGGAAACAUCACCACCCUGAGCAACCGCCGUCUUUUGAUUCGCUUCGGGCCCGAGAUGAACGGCAACUGGAUGCAGUACGGCCAGCAGCCCACCCUGUAUCGACAGCAGUGGAUCCAGGUCUACAACGCCGUCAAGGCCAAAGCUCCCUCUGCGGCCUUCAUGUGGGCGCCCAACCUCAGCGCCGGCUACCCCUACACUAUCGUUGCAAACCUCAGUGCGGCCGACUUGAAGCUGAUGGACACCAACGGCGACGGUGUUGUCAACUCCAGCGAUGAUCCGUACGGACCCUACUAUCCCGGCGACGAGUACGUCGACUGGGUCGGCAUGUCGAUCUAUUGGAAGGGCCCGGCGUCCACCUGGCCCUUCGAGACCAAUAUGCUCUGCGUCGGCAACUAUCUCAUCCAGAUCCUCAACGGCGGUGGAACGGAGGGCGGCAAUCCCAGUUAUCCCUUCUACAACACCUAUGCUUCCGGCAAAAACAAGCCCAUGGCCAUUUCCGAGACUGCCGCGGCCAUCCAUCUCAUCGGCAACGGUGUCCCGCUCUCCCCUGGCCCCGGUCAGCUGGCUGUGCAGCAGUCGUACUGGGCCGAGUACAUGACCAACAGCACCUUCCUGGACCUUUUCCCCAAGAUCAAGCUCCUCAAUCUCUUCGAGUUCAAGAAGAACGAGACCGAGACUUCUGGAACCCAGCAGGUCACUGUGCUGCGAGACUUUCGCCAAACCAUCAACACCACUGUCCUGUCUGCCUUCAAAUCCGACCUUUCCAAGGUUUCGAGCCGCUACAUCUGGGCCAACUCUUCGAGCACAACCACUCCGCCCUCGAGCACCGGCUCCAGCGGCUCCAGCGGCUCUGCUUACGUCUCCAUCGCUGUUGUAGCUCUUGCCAUGGCUCUCUCCCUCGGAGCCCUCAUCUGAGCACACAUAUAUGUGGCUUUAGUUACUCUAGCAGCUCUAGAUGCUCUCCCGCGCCAUCGACUUGUGUUUGGUCCUUAAAGCAGUGAUCUACUCGUCCCAUUCUUCACCUUCCAACCUUUGUAUGGCCAUUUGUCUUUGGUCGUGGGCCUGUUUACCAAUCGCUUUCGGUAUCUUGUCAAUGUCGGAUCUGUCGCAGCCUCGUUUCACUCAAGUCUAUAUUGAAAUCGAUCGCCC